CGGUUUGCAGGAUAAUUUGGAUCUAGCAGUUUGAAAGAGAAGAUUGGUCAUAUCGAACGAUGGCCACCAGAAUUUCUUGCCGUUACUUCACAAGCAUUAACCAAACACUCCAUUAUAAGAAAUCUCAUUCUCGUCCUUGUUCUUCUCUUUCUUCUUCCACUUUCACAUUUCUAACCCAACACCAUAAUCCACUUGUUUACAAAAUUCAUCGUUCUCGUUCAUCUCCUAAUUCCUCCAUAGCUCAACCUCAACACAGUCACAAACACAAGCACAAGCUUCUCUCUCCUCCUCCAAUGGCGUCCGCCUCCAAAGAAGUUUCCACAGAGAUUCUUCCUUACAUCCGUGUCUACAAAGACGGCACAGUCGAACGCCUCCUCAAAAUUCCCACUGUUCCUCCAUCUCCUUGCGACCCUGAAACCGGAAUUUCCUCCAAAGACAUUACUGUCUCACUCAACCCCCCAAUCUCGGCUCGUCUUUACCUCCCGGAUGUCACUGCCAACCAGAAUAACCAAAAGCUUCCCAUUUUGAUUUACUUCCAUGGCGGUGGGUUCUGCGUAGAAUCUUCGUCCUCCAUCCUAACCCAUCGAUACCUCAAUCGUUUGGUUUCCGAGGCCAAAGUUCUGGCUGUCUCUGUCGAAUACAGGCUCGCUCCGGAAAACCCGCUUCCAAUUGCUUACAAAGAUUGCUGGGUCGCUCUUAAUUGGGUAGCUUCACAUUUAAAUCGUGACGAAAAUAAUGGAAUCGAUAAAGAUCCAUGGUUGAUCAGCCAUGGCGAUUUUUAUAGGCUUUACAUUGGGGGUGAUAGCGCUGGUGCUAAUAUAGCACAUAACAUUGCUAUUCGAGCAGGGACUGAGAGAUUGCCUAACGAUGUCAAAAUUCUUGGUGCUUUUCUAUGCCUUCCUUAUUUUUAUAGUUCGAAGCCAAUUGGGUCAGAGCCAGUUGAAGGAUUUGAGAAGACAUUUUCUUAUGUGAUUUGGAACUUCGUUUAUCCUUCGGCUCCUGGGGGUGUGGAUAAUCCCAAGCUGAAUCCAGUAGGUGCCGGAGCUCCAAGCCUUGCUGGACUUGGAAUCUCGAGGCUGUUUGUGUGUGUUGGUGGUGAGGAUGACCUGAAAGACAGAGGAAUUUGGUACUGUAAUGCAGUGAGGGAAAGUGGGUGGAAAGGAGAAUUGGAGUUUGUUGAAUUUGAGGGUGAGAAUCAUGGUUUCAAUAUACUGAAACUUGACACUGACAAUUCUAAGAACUUGAUCAAACGCUUGGCUUCUUUUCUUGUCUAGGUAUGAGAAAAUGUUUAGCCGCUUUGCAAGUUCUUUUCAAGUAUUGGUCUUCCAUAAUUCUUAUGGAGAAUACAAAUUGGAAGAAUGAAAUUUCCUUUAUUAGUACUGAAUAUGUAAGGAAUUUGCAUUAUGGGUUAUGUAAAAAUCCCACCUUUGAAUUUCCUUUUC